GGCGGGGCCUGCGCGGGUGUUAGGUUAGCGCGAGGCGUGACCUAGUUGACAGGCGGUGAGGUGCUGCUUUGGCGGCGGCCGCGGGGCUGAGGCGGGUGGGAGCCGAAGCGGAGCGCGGGCUGAGAGAAGCGACUGGCGAGCGGCGCGGGACUCGGAGCCUCUUGCACUUUUUUCCUCCCGAGUGUCCCCUCCCACCCCUCCCACUCCACACACACCCUGUUUGCCCGUGAGCCUGGGGAACUUGCAGCUUAAAGCCAGCCACCCCCACGGCAACAUGUACCCCAGCAACAAGAAGAAAAAGGUGUGGAGAGAGGAGAAAGAACGUUUACUGAAGAUGACCUUAGAGGAGAGACGCAAAGAAUACAUAAGGGACUAUGUUCCCCUGAACACCAUCCUAUCGUGGAAGGAAGAGAUGAAGGGCAAGAGCCAAAAUGAUGAAGAAAAUACUCAGGAAACAUCACAGGUGAAGAAAAGUUUGAGUGAAAAAGUUUCUCUCUAUAGAGGUGACAUCACAUUGCUAGAGGUAGAUGCUAUAGUCAAUGCGGCAAAUGCCAGUCUUCUUGGAGGAGGAGGUGUGGAUGGCUGUAUUCACCGAGCAGCUGGCCCCUGUUUACUGGCAGAAUGUCGUAACCUGAACGGCUGUGAAACUGGACAUGCAAAAAUCACAUGUGGCUAUGACCUGCCGGCAAAAUAUGUCAUCCACACUGUAGGACCAAUAGCCAGAGGCCAUAUUAAUGGUUCCCACAAGGAAGACCUUGCAAAUUGCUAUAAAUCAUCUCUGAAGCUGGUGAAAGAAAAUAACAUCCGAUCAGUUGCAUUUCCCUGCAUCUCAACCGGCAUUUAUGGAUUCCCGAAUGAGCCUGCUUCCAUCGUUGCCCUCAGCACCAUUAAGGAAUGGCUGGCCAAGAAUCAUCACGAGGUGGACCGGAUCAUCUUCUGUGUCUUCUUAGAAGUUGACUUUAAAAUCUACAGAAAGAAAAUGGGCGAGUUUUUCCCUGCAGAUGAUAAUAAUGAAGAAGAUGUUAACGUGAAAGAAGAUUCAGAGGUGUUAGAGCCAAAAGGCCUGUCUCCACCCCACAAGAAGAGCAAAGCAAAGAAGCCAGAGGGUUCCAAAGACUCUAGCGAAGAUGAGAACAGUCCAGAGGAAAAACAAAGCACAGAAGAAACGGAAGGGCAGAGCCAAGAAGCAGAUGGUGUCGAUGUGGCAACUGUGCCCAGCCCCGCUUCAGAAGAGGCCACUGAAGUCUGUAAAGAUGAAGAUUCUGCAAAGGACGAUAGUAUUACAAAAGACGAUGAAGUAACAGAUCAUUCUGUGUGUGACCAAGAUCAUCCCAAUGGACAAGAGCAUGACUCAGCGAAGAAUGAGAUAAAAAUUGAGGCAGAGUCCCAGAGCUCACAUAUGGAAACUGAAGAGCUUUCACCAAACCAAGAUGAUGCCACGACUGUUGAGCAACCAGAAGUGAUCCUGCUAACAGAUGAUCAAGAGGAAAAAGAAGGUGAAAAAGCUCAAGACGAGGACACACCUAGAGUUCCUGUGCAAAACGAAGGCUCUGGCUACACAGCAAACUCUCCGAGUCCUGAUGUUGAAAUGAAUAGUCAGGUUGACAGUGUAAAUGACCCAACAGAGAGUCAGCAAGAAGAUUAACUGAUAGGGGCACAAGAUGAAGCAAAGGAACAAAGAAAUGGAAGUAAAUCACAGUCCUCAGCAUCGCAGGCCUCUCCUGGCCCUGGAGGGGGGUGGGUGUAGGAAGACAGUAGUGCUAGCUGUGGAGGAGGGAGGUGUGGGCAGGGCACGUCCCAGGGAAGGGCCUAGAAUCCUUUGCUCUAAUUUCUCCAGCUGCAUUUUGUUCUGUUCACCUGCAGAAAAAGAAAGAAAAAAAAAAAAAAAGAAAAAAGAAAAAGAAAAAAAAAGUUUCCUUUAAUUUAGUGACGGGACCCAUGUUAAUGCAUCUUUCAGGCGCUAUCCCUGUAAUUUCUGUUUUUUCUCUCAUGACCUUUCCCAGGGUCACAGUGGCACGGUGUAACCCUCAUAUGUGUAUCCUGGCCCCUGUCUGCUUUCUUGAUUAUUUCACAAAGCUGGUCGAUACUGUGGUUUCUUCAAAGAAAGAGAAGAUGAUUGAUAAACAGCAAGCUAAAUUUCAGGUGUCGUCGAGCCCGAUAUCAGAAUAAUCCACAGACAAAGGAGGCAGGGUAGAAAACGGGCAAAAUGCUCAGAAAUCACUUGGAAAAGGGUCAGGGCGAUGAAUUGAAAAUGAUAUUUUAUUCAGGGAUUCCCAAGAUACAGUUCUGUUCCAUGUGGUUAAUGAGGAAUGUGGAAGCAGGAUUUAAUCCACAGCAGAGUGCAGAGACAUAACAACAAAGGCAGACCCUGGCAGCCAUCAGAGUCUUUUCCUUAGUAGCCAGGAUAGCAGGUCCAUGCUUUGACCCUGACUUUCAGCAAGGCUCACCUAGGUCACGAGGUCUUUAUUGUGUGCUUCAACAUAGAGCCCACUACUGAGACUCUUUGUGACACGGUUGUAAGGGUUGACACUUUUCUAAGUGUUUCAGUUAAGAGAAAGGGCUCCUGCGUUCAGAACCCAAAUGUAUGCCAAUAAAUAUUAAAAGUCCUACUUGAAACUUCUCCUUCUAUAUAUGCUUUUCAUAAAAGAACUUCUUGUUUUUACCCAAGGUUUGACUGCCCGCAGAAAGAUGCUCAUUGAAGUCAGAGGCAGUUUGAGGUCUUGCUUGCAGUUCUGGCUUACUUCUAAAUGGUCUGGUUUGUUCAUGCCAAAUCCAAAACUACUUUGAUGGCCCAUCCCCUCUCCCAGAAAUCCCUCGAUUAUGGCCUUGAAGGGGAACAGCAGUAUCAAUAAGGCAAGAUUCCUGGGGUACAGUGGGCACAAGGGAUGAGGAGCCCAGGAGGAAAUCAGAAGUUGUCACAAACGUCUGUCCCAGAGCCAACAUGAAUAGUGACCCUCAUGAGGCAAAAUGGCCUGCUUCUAAUAGCCUUCCUGGGUUCUAAGAACAAUCUAUUUUUUUCUGAGGAAACUAAUAUAACUUCUCGCACAUCUUCUUAAAUUCAUCCUCCUUAUAAGAUCUUUAAAAUUCUAAGAUAUACAUAGAAAGGGAGAAAAGUAAUGGAUCAAAUUGAAUAUUUCUAAAAUAAAAGGGUGUUCUGUUUUCUAAAUAUUCCAUGGAGUUCUUCAGUUUUGAUCUUUCCUCUAUGGAAAAUUUACCUUCUUAUCUUUCUAUCAAUUUUGUUUUGGCCUUUCUGAAUUUGUUGUGCAUUUGGAUGGCUUAUUUGGUAUACUGGGAUAAUUAGCAAGUUAUAUUUCUGCAUAUGUAACAUGUUCUAACAUCCUGUAUUUUAAAAACAGAGCUGCUUAUCAGCCUAGCAGGAAUAAUAUUUAAGGGACCUCAUGAUUUUGGAAUGUGGCUAUUUCUCCCUCUGCCAUUAUUCUACAGUUUGAUACGGAAAUAUAUAUGCCCCCUACUGCCAUUAGACAUAGCUUUCUAGAAAAGCAAGGAAAAGUCCCAUUUUAAGUAAUCCAAGAAAUGAAGCCAUAUGAAUACUGAUAGUUUCUAUAUUUCAUGUUAUCUUUAUAACUUAAUUGAAAGUCACCAUCAUUCUUGUAAAGGACUUGACAAGUGUGUAUGCUAGGAGCGCACUGUCCUAUGACUCAAAUGUUAGUGCUACUCAUAUUCAGUAAUGAGUUAUGACUGAAAACAGCAUGAAGGAGACAAGAGGGAUGGGGACUUCUCAAUGGACAAAGAUGAAA